UGGUCGGCCGCCAUUCGGGCCUCCCGGCCUGCUGCGGCGGCGCGGCCGGUUGAGGCCGGGCUCGGCCCGGCCCGCGACGGCUGGCCGCCGACGAGCGCGCUCGCGCUGCUCGUCAAAAUAGCGGCGGUGGCGAUUGCGGCGACGGUCGUUCAGUCGUACAGCGCUCAGUCGUCUGUCGUCUGUCGUCUGUUGUCGCAUUUCGCACACGCGCGCGCCGCGCGACCCGCGUCGCUCCGCGAGGGCAUGAGCCUUCCGCGAUUCGAUCCCGCAGCCAAAAGCUGCUCGCUCGCGGCCGACCUCCGCCAUCGCGGCCGCAGCUGUUGACCCAACCGCGUCGAACUCAUCGGCGCGGGCUCUCUCGGCUACGGGACCGGCCCCAGCUUCGGCUGAGGGCUGACAAGCUGCCGAGCCCAAAUCUCUGUGACCGUCGUGAUUUCUUGUUGGUCUUCAAAAAUCUCUCUCUC